AACGCCACGGUCACACGCGGCAACACUAGGCGGGGCAGCGAGGCUCAGCGUGGCUAAAGAGACCGAGACGCGCAGGAAGACGUCAGACAGCAGCAACACAGCUCGCGAGGAAGAGUUACGCCGCGCCGCAGCUAUAGCCACAGCCAUGACGGCCCCGAGGACCUUCACCGUGGUGGGGAACUGGAAGAUGAACACGCUCAAGGACGACAUUGACUGGCUGACGGGCGUGCUGAAGGCGGCACCCGUCGCGCCCAACACAGAGGUGAUAGUGGGAAGCCCCUCGUGCUACUUGGCCUACGCUCGCCAGCAGCUGCCGGGCAACAUCGGCGUGGCGGCGCAGAACUGCUACAAGGAAGCGCGAGGCAACUUUAGCGGCGAGAUCUCGCCGGCCAUGAUCCAGGACUGUGGGUGUGAGUGGGUGAUCCUGGGCCACCCGGAGCGUCGGACGCUGUUCCAGGAGUCAGACGAGUUCAUCGGCCAGAAGGUGGCGCACGCCAUGAAGGCGGGACUCAAGGUGGUGGCGUGCGUGUGCGAGACAAAGGAAGACCGCGCAGCUGGACGCACGCAGGAGGUUCUUGCCGCCCAGCUGGAGUCUCUGGCUGCGUCGAUCAGCGACUGGUCCCGCGUGGUGUUGGCCUUCGAGGCGCUGUGGGCCAGCAACACGGGGGUGCUGGCCACGCCCGCCCAGGUCCAGGAGGCCAUGGCCAUGAUACGGAAGUGGCUGCGGCUCCACGAGGGGAACAGCGUUGCCGACAGCACGCGUCUCAUCUACGCCGGGUCGGUGUCCUCCGGCAACUGCGAGGAGCUGGCGCGGCUCAGGGACGUGGACGGCUUUCUUGUGGGCAGCGCGGCUCUUAAACUUGACAUCGUAGACAUCCUGCGAGCGUCAAGAGUUUCCUGUUCCAGACUUUGGGCGGGGCAGCAGCGUCUGCAAGCCACCAGUCAGCUCAUCUCACACCUGAGAGACUCACGCUUUAACCACUUAUCCCUGGACACUAGACGGCUCUAGGAAAUUCGAAGUAGGACCGGCUUCACCAGAAUAUAAUUUCACUACUUGCAGCUUCCUGGACCGACCUACAACCUCGUUAGGUCCCCGGUCGGAAGGCCUUGGGUGUUCACCAUUGAUAUACAACUUUGGCGGUGCCAGACCGCCACCACCCAUGCAGGAGGUGGUACACAGCCCAUGAAGGAUAUCCGGUACCUAAACAGGGGCACAGGUGUAAGGAGAAACUGCCCAAGCUCUCAGUUGUUUGCUAAACGCGCAAGGCACUGUAUUACGUUUUUUUUGUGUGUGUGUGUGUCAAUUAUCUAUACAAUUAUUUAUGCAAUUAUAUUUAUAAAGUGUACAAUACUACUACUCAGUUAUUCAAGCCUAAAACUCCCUAGAUGUGCUAUCACGUACAUACACGACUAGUCUACAAGUGACUAUCUAUUUAUACAAGCAUAUUUGUAAAAUAUGAUAUAUGAUGCCAUGUAUGUAUAAACGAUAAUAAUAUUGUCUAUACACAUAUUUAUGUUAUCUAAUAUUAAAACCAAGUUUCUAG